AUGAAUAAUGUAAUCCAAGACAGACUCUGGGAGAUGAGCCUGGGGAAACAAAUUGAUCGCUUUUCCAUGCAAGAAGUGCCAAUCGUGGAGGGCGUGGUCAAGGUCGCCGACGAGGCGCUUGAGGUCGGCGAUAUGGUGUGCAAACUCCGAGACGAUGCGAAGAUGUGGGUGAACCCGGCGCAAGAGAAGUGGGAAUGGGACACGGCUCGGGGAAUGGCUGCCGUGACGCGACAGGUUGAAGUAAGGGGGUGGGGAAUGGCGAGUCUCAGUGUCUGGCGCGCCUUUGACUAUCCCAUUUCGCGAAUUCUAGGCUACGACCUGCACAUUUUCCGCAAGAGCGAGACAUAG